AUGUAAUAAUAAAACAAUCUUGAUGAAAUAAGCUUAAAAAUUAGAUAAAGAAAAUAAACCUUAAGUUAAAUAAGAGAAGUGCUAGUUCAUGAUAAAUAUUUUGAGGAAGCUGUGUCUAUUUCAAAGAAUGUCGAUAUUUUAAUAUCUAGAGGAAAAAUAGAUGUGGAUAUAUUUUUGAAGAAAAUAAUAAUAUUUGGAAUGCUUAUUAGUAUAAAAUCAUGAAAAUUAGAGCUUAAUCACUUGAAAUUAGAAAUAAUUAAGACAAAAUAAAUGCAAUAGGGGAUUAUUGUAAAAUGUUGAGAGAUGCAAAUUUAGUGAAGUUAACACAAAAAGAAGAGAUGAAAGCUUUGAUAUAAUAAGGACUACCAGAUGUUCGUUUAAAGCUUUUAAAUGAUAUGCAAUUGAUUUAUAAUGGAAUGAUAUUUCCUUAGAAUCUUAGUUUUAAAAGCGUUACUAAUAAAAUAUGUCUUAUAAUCGAUAUUAUUUACAAUUCAUUUGCUGGUAAGUAGAUUGUUAAUAUAAGAUUCUAUUUACUUGGGUCAAGAUUAUCUAGAUAAAAUGGAUAAGAGUGAUUAGAUUUUAUAUAGUAUGGUGAUUGUACCAAUUUAAAAUUAUAUUGAAUAACUUGUUAGCAUUCAAUUUGAAGAAGAAACAGUAUGAAGAAUCUAUAUUUGUUAGAAACAUUUGUUGAGCUUAAAUGGGAUUUGUGUGAACAUUGACUUAGAUCAAUGA